AUGGCAUCGCGCCUCUUCCGACCGAUGAGGUCGCUCAUGGCCUCCCGAAAUUUAUCAAAAUACAUGGUACAUGGGCAGCCGAUUGUUGUGCAAGGAGUACGGAUCAGGCAUGGCUCCUUCAGAAGGCGAAUCUUCCGGACCCUGGCCAUGGGUAUUACUCUAUACGUGUGCGCCGAUUACUACGACAGGAAAGUGCUAGGGAUGCUUUCGAACGCCUUGGAUGAUCUCGACGGCGACCGUGGCCAUGGUGAAGAGGAGGAUGACGAAGAAGAGGAUUACGUCUUCAUCCCCUUUCCCCUAACGGAGCAAAAACUCAAGCCAGAGCCAUACUCGGCACGCAGUCCGGAGUGGAAAGAGUUCGUCAAGUUCGCACAAGAUCAGAAACGGAUACAGCAAGUUCAGGAGGAUAUCGCCAGCCUGGUCUUGAAGAUGCUCAAGAAUCAGCGAAUCUUGACAAACUAUGUUGGACCAGAAAUGAAUGUCAAAAAAGCAUGGCUCCAGGCAUUUUAUCCUUUGGUCGCGCCUCCCGAAUACGAACGUUACGGUAUAUCGAUGGAGUCGCCACAGGUGAAGAAAGCUGAGCGGUUGUUCUGGCCUAAGCCUGUUGCGUUGUCGCUAUGGGCCGUCGCUACCACCCUUGCGAAGAAGAAAGCGAUGGAGGUCUCGCAGUUUUUCGGUCUUUCGGGUCUUUUCGCCCCUUCAGAGCCCCCGGUGCCACGAGCUCAGGGAACCGGAACAACUGGACUGCCUUCGACGGUCACUGGUGACGUUCAGAGAAUGAUGGACCACAUCCGACGACAGGCAACACAACGACCGGAGGAUGUGCAGGACCCUGGUGCCCUGGUCUCGGCAAGGCGUAUGGAUCCCGACGCUGCUGCGCAGAACAAAGGGAUACUUACAACCAUGAAUCGACCCCCUCCCAGCAAAGAGCCGCCCAAGGCCGGCGAAGAGAAAAAGGAUCAGGAAUGGGCUUUGGCCCAGCUGCGGGAAUUCAUCGGGCUCAGCCCAUGGGAGAUAUUCACCAAGACGUACAGGAAGGUGUGGAAACCAAUUCGACCUGAUCCACCGCGCGGGUCGAUGGCCUUUGCCGGUAUGAUCGAAUUUGAGACGAAGAAGCAUUGGUUAACAGCAUAUGUCACGGCUUGGUAUAACCCAGGGACGCGAACUUUCGACCCCAACAACUUUACGAUUACUGUCACGAGGUUGACGAACAAGCAAGUCCACCCCUUGAGCGGGCAGACUAGGGGUUUGAGUUUCGGAAGAGAUACCACAAUAGACACCAGGAGUGGUAGUGCUUGGGAAAUGGAUAUCAACAAUGAAUCACAUAGUAUUCCUCAGCCUGUCAAUUGAAUAAUCAAACGCG